AUGUCAGAGCGAAAUUACAAGUAGGCACUCGGGUUCCCGCCGGACUCAUUAUUAUUGGCUCGAGACGAGGCGCCACUCCCUCUGUGCUGUUCCGGUGGGGGGGACGUACGGUAGCAGGCGGCGGUCACUGGGUGGAGGGGAAGGCUGCCGCUGAGUCAACCAGGAGAAGACACCCAGGAAGGUGAAGGACCCCGAGGAAGGAGGUCGUUGAAUUCGGGACAGACAACAGAUGUGGAUUAACGUCCGUUUUGUGGCCGGGAAAAAUACUCGACAUGCACCGAGUAACGGGCAGGAGUGCAGGGAGCAAUUUGAUAGAGAUGAGCCCGUCUGACUCUUAUAAUGAUGAUGUAAAUGGCUACUAUCAGGACUCACCCAGCCCAGGAUCACUACAUGGAGAAUCAGAGAUCGAGAAACAGCAGCAGAGCAAAGACUUGGUGUUCUUGCGCGAUGGAGUACGCAGGAUUGAUUUUGUCCUGUCCUACACUGAAGAAGAAACUGAAGGAAGGCCGGGAAGAAAGAGGGAGUUGUACGAAGCCAACCUAGUGAAAAUCGGCUUGGAGCUGGAGACCGAGGAUAAAUCUGAAUCGGAAGAUGGGAAGACCUACUUUUUGAAGAUCCACGCUCCCUGGGAAGUGUUGGCCACCUACGCAGAUGUGCUGAAAGUCAAGGUCCCCUUCAAGACCAGUGACAUAGAAAAGAAAAAUGCGAUGCGAAUGAGCUGGCUGGCCACCCCUUUCCGUCUUCCGGACCACAUCAUGGACCCUGAACCAGACUACUUCACUGCUACCUUUAACAAAACCAAAUCUGACUUCUUCCUCAUCGAUGACAGAGACACAUUUUUUACCCCUGCUACUCGCAACAGGAUAGUAUAUUAUAUCCUCUCCCGAUGUCCAUAUACAGAGGAUGAAUAUGUUGAGAAAGACAAGAAGGGGAUCAAGAGGUUGCUUAACAAUGGCACCUACACAGGCGCAUUUCCACUGCACGAUAGCAGAUACUGGACAAGAUAUAAGGAUCCGAGUUGUGAAAGGGACAGAUACAAUCUCUACCAACACUGGGCCAAAUUCUCAUGUUUCUACAAAGAGCAGCCCCUCAAUCUCAUAAGGAAGUACUACGGGGAGAGGAUUGGCCUCUAUUUUGCCUGGCUGGGGUUCUACACUGAGAUGUUGGUUUUUGCUGCGAUUGUGGGGACAAUUUGUUUCCUUUUCGGAUUGUCCUCAUACAAAGACAACGAGUGGAGUAAGGAAAUCUGCAGUGAUGAAAUUGGAGGCAAUAUUGUGAUGUGUCCAUUGUGUGACAAGAAAUGCAGCUACUGGAAACUCAACAUGACAUGCAACGCCUCAUGGCAAGCGCACCUGUUUGACAAUGUGGGAACAUUGUUUUUUGCCAUUUUCAUGGGGAUUUGGGUGACAUUGUUCCUGGAGCUCUGGAAGAGGCGUCAGGCCCGUCUCGCGUACGAGUGGGAUCUGGUGGACUUUGAGGAGGAGCAGCAGCGACUGCAGAUCCGUCCGGAGUAUGAGAACAAGUGCACCAGCCGCAAGCUGAAUCCCAUUACUCAGGAAUCAGAGUUGGUUUUUGAGAGGACUGCUACUGAUCUAGUGGGGAAAUUAUUUCUGUGCUGGGUCACCGUGUUUUUCUGGAUCUCUCUGACCGUUUCCUGCAUCAUUGGAGUGAUCGCGUACCGCCUGGCGGUAUACGCUGCCUUCGCUAGUUUCAUGAAGGACAAUGCACAUUUGAACAAGAUGGGUUCCUCAAUCACCCCGCAGCUGGCCACGGCUGUCACGGGCUCCUGCAUCAACUUCAUUAUCAUCAUGAUCCUCAACAUCUUGUAUGAACGAGUGGCUGUUUGGAUAACUGACCUCGAAAUUCCAAAGACCCACGUGGAAUAUGAGAACAAGCUGACAAUAAAGAUGUUCCUAUUCCAGUUUGUCAACUACUACUCCUCCUGCUUCUACGUGGCUUUCUUUAAGGGCAAGUUUGUUGGCUAUCCUGGAGGUUAUUCUUACAUGUUUGGCCAGAGGAGCAGCCUCAGGAAUGAAGAGUGUGACCCCGGUGGCUGUUUGAUUGAGUUGACCACCCAGCUGGUAAUAGUGAUGACUGGUAAGCAGGUGUGGGGAAACAUCCAGGAGUCUCUGGUCCCGUGGUUGAAGAACUGGUGGCGCAGCAAAAGAGUUCGGGCGCACCCAGAGAGUCUGGACAGCCGCUGGGAGCAAGACUACAACCUGCUGAUGUCUGGGCAUCUGGAACUCUUCUACGAAUACCUGGAAAUGGUGAUCCAGUUUGGUUUCAUCACUCUGUUUGUGGCUUCCUUCCCUCUGGCUCCCCUGCUGGCUCUCAUCAACAACAUCAUUGAGGUUAGAGUGGAUGCCUGGAAGCUCACCACGCAGUUCAGACGUCCUGUGGCAUCCAAAGCUCACAGUAUCGGAGCCUGGGAGGAAAUCCUCAGUGGGAUCGCCAUCCUCUCUGUCGUUACCAAUGCAUUCAUUGUGGCCUUCACCUCUGAUAUGAUCCCCCGACUCGUGUAUAUGUAUGCUUACCAGCCAGAUGGGGUGGUUACUAUGAAAGGCUACAUCAACAACAGCUUGUCUGUGUUCAAAAUCUCAGAGAUCCCACUGGACAACAGGCCAGAAGAUGGGGAGAUUCCCUACUGGUUCAGCAGCUCCAUCACAACCUGCAGGUACCAUGACUACCGCUACCCUCCUGGCCAUACGAAUCAGUACACCCACACAUUGCAGUUCUGGCAUAUACUGGCUGCCAAGCUGGUCUUCAUUAUCAUCAUGGAGCAUGUCGUCUUUCUGGUCAAGUUCUCCUUGGCCUGGAUGAUUCCUGAUGUUCCGGCCGACGUGACAGAUCGAAUAAAGAGAGAGCGCUACCUGGUCCAGGAGUACCUCCACAACUACGAAGUGGAGAGGCUAAAAAGUCAACUCAGCGGAAACAAGGACGAUGGUACUGAUGAGGAUGCGGUCUACCCGUCUUUGCCCACACAUGAGGUGUUAUCAGAGCAUCUCUAGCACUGAGAGCAGCUUCUCAGUCGGCAAGAUGUGAUGACGGUGAUCCAGACACGCCUGCUUGCUUAUUAUGUUGGUCCCUUUUUAGCUGUGCAGUAAACCCCUGCUAUUCGAGCCCUGCCGCGAAUAGUGAAAAUCUGCUCGUAAUUCACGCCCCUCCAAAAAUGUUUUUAACUGCCCGAAAUUCAUAUUUUCAAUAACUAUACCGCAAACUAUGAUCACAAAACAAUUUAAUAUCAUUUAAAAUGUUUAAGUUGCAACAUUACCAUUUAAAAUACAUAGCUUACAGAUGUGAUUUGUAUGAUGUGCAUCGGAAGUGCGCGUGCACAUUCACAUGCGGCAAAGAAUCUCUAACUUCCGCUAACAGCCCAUGCAAACGUGGAGAUGUGUCGCUUUAACAUACUUCCUUGACGCCAAUUACGACUUCGUAUUCGCCUUAGUUGAUCCCCAACGUACAAAGCUGUUAGCCUCUCAGUCGAGAUGUGUCACUUCAUCUCGACUGAGAGGCUAACAGCUUCUCAGUCGAGAAGUGACACAUCUCGACGGACAAGUGCUUCCUUGACACCAAUUACUACUUUCCAAAUGGCCAGAGCUUCGGCACCAUCUUGUGGCAUCUUACAGUGUUACGGAAUGAACACAAGACAACACAAAUAGGUGCGUUGUAGUGGUACAAAAAUGCAAAUAGUGAUCUGUGAUUGGGGGGGGCGAUUGACUGUAUUUGCGUCAUUAUUAAUGACGCACGCACUUGUACACACGCAGCCUUUAUGAAGGAGCUCGAGGUGUCCUCAGUCCUCCGCUGUCCUGCUUUCAAGCAUGCAGAAAACCUAGAAGACUUGAAUAUAACUGCCUUGUAUUUAUGACCUUUAUUCUAUGCUGUAAUUGUAAUGCCGAGAAUGAUCACAUUUUGCUGUAAGAAAAAGGAAAACAAGCCACGCCAUUCAGGACUAUUUAUUUUACUAGCCAGUAUAAGUUGCUUAAGAAUAGACGCCUUAAUAUAUAUAACACUUUGUCCUUGCGUUGAUAUUUCAGUGUUCUGUCAUGUGCAGUUCUAUGAACAGCUGUGUUAUUUGCCAAAAAUGUAUGAAUCAUUUGAUUCAUUUCUAGUUUUUACUGCUUCUGUAGUUCCUCAGGGUGUCCCAUAAGUUUGGCCUUUGAAAUGGCAAAACGUAAUAAAGACAGGGUGUCCCAUGGGUUUCCAUACGUAAAAGGUUGUUGUUGUUUUUUUUCCCCAAUGAAAACCAUUUUAUUUUAAAUACGCUCUACAUGACUACCGUUGUUUUAAAAACACGUUUCAAUGCGUGUCCUCCACUGCUGAAGAACACGUAUUAGCACAGCUGCAAAGGCGUUCCUUGAAAAUACAGUGGUGCCUUAAGAGUAAUUCCACGCUCGUAACUGAAAAGAAUAUAAAUCAAUUUCUGUGUUUUUAAAUAAGAAGUACUUUAAAAAACGGUCAUAAAUAGAAUGAGAAGUAAAUAAAACAUUUCUGGCACAUUUGUUUUGCUUUAAUUCAAUGGGACAUUGUGCUGCGCCUUCUGGUGUGAGCGCUUCGUCCCGCUUGGGACACACAGUGGGUAUGGAAAGUAUUCAGCCAUCAGUAUUCAGACCCUUUGCUCAGUAUUUAGCAGAAGCAUCCUUUUGAGCUAAUACAGCCGUGUGUCUUUUUUUGGGAAUGAUGCAACAAGUUUUUCACACCUGGAUUUGGGGAUCCUCUGCCAUUCCCCGUUGCAGAUCCUCUCCAGGUUGGAUGGUGAAUGUUUGUGGACAGCCAUUUUCAGGUCUCCAGAGAUGCUCAAUUGGGUUUAAGUCAGGGAAGAACGGUCACUUGAGUUGUUCUGAAGCCACAUUAUUUUAGCUGUGUGCUUAGGGUCAUUGUCUUGUUGGAAGGUGAACCUUGGGCCCAUGAGGUCCUGAGCACUGGAGAAGGUUUUCUGUCCAUAUGAGGUGCUGUGUGUACAUUAUUGGGGGGAAAACAAAAUGCGUGAGUGAAAAUUUAAGGGGGUCUGAAUACUUUUCCGUACCCACUGUAUAGAAACAGCCAUGGAGACAGCCACAAGGUAUUCAAGGAAUUUGUCAAACCUACACGCAUUUAAACAUGGUAUGACACUAUAAAAUGUGUUGCUCUUUAUUCGAAAGCAUUUUUUAGGAUAUCUGAAAUAGUUUUUUAAAAAUGUUAAAAACGACAGUACAUGAAACGUGUGUGGGACACCCUGCGGGGCACAGCGCUAAUAGAACACAAAGCUACAAAACUAUAGCUGCUUUUUAUAUUGGUAUGAGAUCCUCGAUAUUUUUCUAAACCAAAACCUGACAUGUAACUUGCUUCACUUAAAAUGUAGUUGCAAAAAUCGGCUGCUGCUGUCACUGUGAUUAACAAGGCGCUUUGACACUUGACGGGUCAUCCAGGCUUAACGGCUGCUGCGUGUUGAGAAGUGCAAGCCCUGAGUGAUUGAGGAGAUCCCUGUUUAAUGGGCCCGUGUUUGCCAACACGCUGGAGCUAAUGAAAACCGGCCGGCCACUGGCCUUCCACUUAACUGUUUGCUCCAAUACGCAAAGCGCCAUCGCCCAGCUGUUCGUACGUGAAAAAGAUUUUGGAUUUUGAUUUUGAAUCGCACAGCGCACUUGAUGAAAAUGACUUAUCCAAGUCAUAAGCAUGCCAGUCUUGCGGUUGUCAUGACGAGGCCGCAUCCACAGCCCUCGAGUGUUCGGAAGGAACAAUGCGUCAAUCUGACGGUGUUCAUAUGCAGGAUAUUUAAUUUUAGAAGGCUGUCUACAGAAAAUGUUGUCUUUAAUUGAAGUAUUUAAAUUGCUUCAAAUAGCUGAUAGCUAAUUCAAUUAGUCAGCUAAUCUUAUGAUCAUUGUAUUUUAUACUAAUUGUUAUUUCUUGGUGAAUUCAUGUUUUUGUUGUCUUUUGUCACUUUUUAUACUUUACCAAGUGAACCUGUGUACAUGAGCUAUCCAGUCAUCAGGUUCUGUAUUUUUCAAACGUUUCCUGUAUUGAAAUCUCCAGAAUAAAGUCAAUU